AUGAAGUUCUCCGCUAUCACUCUAGUCGGUCUCGCCGUGGGUGCUAUCGCCGCUCCAGCUCCGGCCCCGGUUGCUGAUGCAGCCCCUGAUGCGGCUCCUGAAGCAGCAGGAAAGUAUAAGAGCUAUGGAAGCUACAGCUAUAAGAAAUACUCAACCUAUGGCCAUUAUAAACGUGAAGCCGAGGCUGAGGCUGAAGCAGCUCCCGAAGCGGCCCCUGAAGCAGGAAGCUAUUCUGGGUACGGGUCGUACAAGGGAGCAGGCGAGGGACUGAAGUCGUACCCUAGCUACGGUACUUAUGGCAAAAAGCCAGCUCCUAAGCCAGCUCCUAAGCCAGCAGGAAAGUACAAGAGCUAUGGAAGCUACGACUACAAGAAAUACUCAGACUACGGCCACUAUAAGCGUGAAGCCGAGGCUGAGGCUGAAGCGGCUCCUGAAGCAGCCCCCGAAGCAGGAAGCUAUUCUGGAUACGGCUCGUACAAGGGAGCAGGUGAGGGACUGAAGUCGUAUCCAAGUUACGGAUCCUAUAAGGGAGCAGGUGCAGGCCAGAAGUAUUCUAAUUACGGAAGCUACAACUACAAGAAAUACUCCAGCUAUGGCCACUACAAGCGAGCUACUGAGUGGCUCAAGGCUCUCUUCUAA